CAAAUUAUUUUAAUCUGGCAAUGCUGUAGCGUCCGCCAUGAAAAGAAAAAUAAAUUUCGCUGUCGUAUUGAGAAAAAAUUCUACAAAAAUUUACAUUUUUCUACUCAUUAACUACACAUAAAAAAUAGUGAAAAUGUUAUAAAAAACUUAAAUAAACAGUAUAUUAUUUAAAAAUUCUAAAUUUCUUACGAGUGUGCCACAAUUUAAUGACGAAAAUAUGAAGAACAAGUUUAUGAUUGCAACGCGAACAGACUUUUUGCGAAUGAAAAUUUUUAUUGGGAAGUGGUGGUUUUGUGUGUAAUUGGAGUUUUUUUUCCCUUCAUAUUGAUAAUUCAACAAAAAAAUUGUUUGUUAAAAAGUAUUACUUGAAAAAAAUAAUAGAUAAUUCUAUUAUAGAUAGAAAAAAAAAACUAAAAUAAAAAAAAAACAAAUAAAAUAUAAAUUAACUAAACAGUUGAAACGACAAAAUAAAUUAUGGUGGUCUCCAAAGACUCCAAGCGUAAACGCAAGGAGUCGUCACCGCCAGCGACACCACAGCAACAAUCUACAACGGCUGUAGAGUCAUCACCAGAAAUGCCCAAAAGGACAAAAGUUCAAGCUCAACGUAAGUUUGCACAAGGUCAAAGUGCACCACAAUCAUCAUAUAGUUCUAUAAUCGCAGCAUCAUCUUCAUCUAAUACUGGGCCAAGUACUUCAUCAGAGAGUCGUGAACCACCAACCGAGAUUUUGCCCAAUAAACGGCCAAAGACAGAGGAUUUUUUAACAUUUCUAUGUUUUCGUGGUUCCUCAGCUUUGCCACCGCACUUGGAUUUUCUAAAUCAGGGUAAAAGUAAAGAACCUGAAAGGCCAGUAAAAAAGCCAACUAUUAAACCAGUGAUUAAGAAGAAAGGAAAGAAAGGUCGACCACCGAAGAAUGCUAAACAAAAAGAAGAGAAUAUCCCUGCUAAAGCAGAAGAGAGUGAAGUAAAUAAAAAGGUUGAAGUCGCUCCAGAAGAAAAUCAAACAAAUACAAAUGAAAAUGAAGAAAAAAAUAAAAAUCCGGAAAAAGUACAAGUUGAAGUUGAAGAAAAGGAGGAGGAAGAAGAAGAGGAGGACGAUAAUGUACCGACUUUCGCUGUGCGUAAACGAGCAGAAGUUGUAGCCGAUGGCAAUCGUCGCAGUAAUCGCAGUAACGCUGAAGAAAAGUGCAAUAAUUUUACAGAGACUUCAAAAAGACGAUCAAAUCGUGCAAGUACUAAAGGAUCAAAAGUUAUGCUUGACCAUCUCUCAGAUGAAGAAGACGACGAAUACUUCUCAGCGGUCGAUGAAAAUAGCAAAGCUCUUAAUUCGGAUAUAGAUGGUAAAGAACGAAAAACUACAAAGACUCCUGUCAAUUCAGAGAGAAAAUCAGAAACUCCUUCAAAAGAAAGUGAAAUGACAGGCAAAUCUCGGAAAGGAAGGCCACCUUCAACCAACAAGAAAAAGGAAGUAGAAAGCUGCAAAGAGAACGAAAGAGAAGAAUCUGUAAAAUCAGCAAAAUCAGACAUCAAAGAGAAGAUUCCGGUGAAGCGUCCAAGGCAAAAGGAAUCACCUAUUUUUAUACCUUCGCCGGAACCGUCCGGACGUAUGACAAGACAAAGAGCUUUUUUUGAGCCCGUUAAGGUUCCUCAUAGAGAUAAUGAAGACACCGAGGACGAAAUCAACAAAGAUGUUACGGAAGAAAGAGUUAAACCCGAAACUAAAUUAAAACCCACAGAAUCUGCUAUUGAUAAAAUCAAUGAACCAUUAAAGAUAAAGGCCGAAGAUAAAGAUGAAAAAACUAUAUCAAAACAACUGGUUGUCAAUGAUGAUAAAAACAAACCGACACAAUUAGAUGUAUUUGAUUUUUCUUCCGACGAUGAACAACCUUUAGCUAAAACGAUUAAAUUAAAAAAGUCUGGAUUAAAUAAAUCAAGUCCUAAGAAAACAAACCCUCGUGGAAAAAAACCGUCACCGAAAAAGGAAACCAUCGAAGAAUCCAAUAAGACCAAUGAAAAAGAAGAACUUAAAACAGAACCGGAGGAAAGUGUUAAAAAAGAUGCUGUAGCUACAGAAACCGUUAUGUCUGCAAUUGAAGACGAAUCAAAACCGAAAGGAAAGCGUUUAAGUGGCCAAGCAGCAAAAAAUUCGAAGAGGAAGGAAAAUGAAGAAGGAUUAAAAGAUGUGGAUAGGGAAUCAACCCUAAAUUCCCCGAAAAAGUCCAACGCAAGACAGUCUCGUAAGAAAACCAAAGCUGAAAGUAAUGAAAACACUGCUGUUGAGAAUGAGACAGAAGAUAAUCAAGGCAGUCCUACAAGAAAUCAAAGGCCAUCACGUAAAACGAAAGAAGCAGCUACUAUAUAUAUGGGCAUAAUAGGACAUCGAUUGCAAAUGGCAGAGGACGAUGAUGACGACAUUUCGUUAAGUAGUUUCGAUCGGCCAAAUGUCCGAGAAAUGGAAAAGAUGGAAAAUGAACUCAAACGAAAUACGUCGUCAGUAGGAAAAGGAUCUCCACCGCCGAAGCAAUCAAAAUCAGCGGAUAUGCCACAACCAAUAGCUCUUCCUAUUGCAACUGCAGUUGCAGUAGAAACAAAACCAACCACAACAGGUCGCCGAGGUCGACCUCCUAAAAAUCCUAAAAUACAACCACUUGUACAGCCACCAAAACGUGAAAUCGAAGGGAUGCUCGUAAAGAAAGGCGCAAUUGCAAAGUUGACUCAAUCUACCGAAAACCUAGCUGAGGCCAAAGACAGCAAAACAGAACCCUCAAAAGCAGGUACGGAGGACGACGAAGACUUUCUGUUGAACGAGGAACUUAACGAAACCAAACGUAAACUUGAAAAAAGCUUCAGUGAUUCCGAUGACGAACCAUUGGCAAUAAAAGCUCACGUAAAGGCAGGUGAUAAAGAUGGAGAGGAUUCUCGUAAGUCUGCAGGCGGUGUUGAGUGCCUAUCUCCAACCACUUUACCAAUAGUGAAUCCUCCUGUGGCAACUGUUAGUGGAUUGAUAAGUCUCUCUAUGCUACCUAUAACUCCCAAAUCUGUUACCACUAUAAAUAGCAUACAAACUCAACCAACUCCACAACCAACACAAACGGCAGCAGUAACAACAUGUGUGGUGCCGACUACAGCACUAGCAACAUCUUCGGCAAUUUCAGCACCAAUGGCUGCGACAAUACCAUCACCAAUAAGUUGUACUAUUCAGCCACCAGCUCCAGUUACUCCUACAUCACAAUCUCCGUUUAAAACGAUUGAAAAGAAGUCACCCAUACCAACAUCGAAGAUUUUAAAUGUGCCUGCAACUUAUGGCAUUCCCCCAGCCUCGCCCACAGGUAAUAUUGCAGCUGGAAUUAAUACAAAUUUCGGAAAAUCGCCCAUGUAUGUACCACAAUCUCCAGCCCACUAUCAUUCUCCACAUCCAUCACACAUACGGCCAACUUCAAGUUUGCCACAAUUUCCCGUGCAAUCUGUGAAGAAUCCCUCGCUUGUGGCACCUCCAUCCAAUACGGUCACUUCUCAUCUGACUACUCCUCCAUCACAAAUGACAGCUCAGUCGCCAAUAAAAUAUCAAACUCCUCCAACUACAUAUCCACCACCAAUCGAGGCAUACCCCUCGCCAAAAAUCAAUCCCAACUUUUUAACGCCCAAAUUUGAUCGCAAUACUCUAUCUCGUCCAGGAAAUAGUACUGGAAAUAAUAAUGCUUUUCCUUCACCUUCACCAGUGAAAUUCGAUAUGUCCGGUUCAAGCAGUGGUCUACUAAAGAACUCAUCACUUUCGGCACCGAAUGUUCAAAUGAGUCCUAAAACGCUAAUAUCCAGCAACAUGAACUUUAUGGGAAAUAAUCCAGCUGCUUCAACGACAGUUGCGGGACAGAUUAGCAACGAUCCGCUGAAGGAUGAAAUUGGCAGUAUACUUGCGGCUAAUUUAAUGCCAAGCAAGGAAGAAUCUGGCAAAAUAUUUGGUAUUGCCAGUGUUAGUUUGGCGCAAAGUUCAGGUCCUGAUAAUACAAAAUGUACAUUGGGGAAAUGCGGUUCAAUUCAUAAACCUGUUUUAGGUCCUGUAGUUCCAACAGAGAGUUAUAUUGGCGAUCAACUUUCUGGAAAGGAGAGACGCAAAGCCAAAGUGAAUAUGACACACGAACAAAUACACAAAUGGCUGAUUGAGUGUUCUUCGAACCCUGAUGAGAUUCAGGAUGAUCUUGAUGAUGAUUUCGACUCAGAUUUAAGGCCGAAUAACUUUAGUUCAACACCACCACCAACUCGCGAUGACAAGGAAAGUACAUCAUUUAGUUCGUCUUCGAAAGCUACACGUGAUUUGGGUAAGAGUGAAAGUGCUUGGUCGGCCAAAGGACCGUCUCUCAAAGCCACCCCUGUUGUUGCGACUAGUAGUGCAAUAAAUAAUAGAAAAGAAGAUAUAAAACCUAUCGAAACUACAAGUCCACGACUGGAGGAGGAGAUGGAGAAGAAUUCUCCUGUAAUGAAUUUGAUAUUUGACAAAACACCGGUUAAUAAACAAUCGCCUGAUCCAGGAAGUGUAGAUGCCGACGAGAAACUUACUCAGUCAGAUAAAACUGAGAAGAAGAAUGACAAAAAAGCCAAGGAAGAGAAAAUUACCAUCAAAACAUCAACAAUAGAGGCAAAACAGGGCAAAGUUGCUGAAAAGGAGGCCGCCUCCUCAACAACAAAUAAAUCGUUGGCGGUUGGCAAACAAAAUACUACCCAAAAAUCUUUAAAUCAGAAGAAAACAGCUCCAUCCCCGGUCACUACACCGACAACAACAUCUACUGCUAACAAACAAAAUCGUAAAAAAGCUGUAUCCGAGGUAGUCGUGGAAGAAAAAUCGACAAAUUCCAAUCAAAAGGAUUCUGUCAACCCUCCAGAAGUUGCAAAUAUUAAUUCAACAUCAAACUCUAUUAAUCGUACUCCUAAGCGUACUCCGGUUUAUCAGCAGAAGCAAACCCCAAAACAGCAACAACAGCAGCAGCUUCAACAGCAAGAGAACACGGACCUUAAAAUAUCAACAACCACAAGUCAUAAGCGGGCUGCACCGACUUAUGGCACCGCAUUUUCUGUUGAGAAUGAAAAAUCUAUUUAUUCGUUCGAUAAGGACGAUGUUGAAGACCAGGAGAAAUCAAACAAACCUUCGACGUAUCGACGACAAAGCAGAAAAGAUUCGCAUGUCGAUAAUGGCAUUAAUACAACACCAACUGCACUACAACGUACUCCACCCACAAAACCAAAGCGAAAUGCUGCAGCUGUUGCUGAAAUCGCCAAUAAAGAAUUGGCUGGCGGUAAUUCCCAAACUAGUUCAGUUUCAUUGACUCUAAGUCCAUCGGAAAAAACUAAAUUGGUUAAAGUGAGCCUUGACGGCGAUAAAACUACUACAAAGACUACAAAAGGAGGAAAGGGUGGCAAGAAAAACGUUCAAGCCGAACCAAAGCCACCGGCCAAUGACGCUGAAUCUGAUUCAGGAGAUGGCCAUACUUUCUACAUACCUUUGCAAGGCGUUGGUGCCGGAGGAGAUGGUGACGGUGGCAUUCAGGGAGUGGCAGUUAAAUUGGGACGUGAAGGUCCCGAUGGUCCCAAUCAAAAGGUUAUCAUGCAUGCUACGCUAGUGACUAAGGCUCAAAUGGGAUCUAACACUAAGCCACUACCUGACACCAUGAAUGUCUCAGAUAUUGUUAAGAACUUGAUGACGAGCGACAAGAAGGCAUCGGGUGCAUCGACAUCAGCCGCAGCUGCAGCGGCUACAAAUUCAUGUUCGAAUAGUUUGAAAAAUGUACCAAUUGGAACAGUACAACCACGAUUCAAGGGAGAUUCAGCUACACAAGGUCCAUCUACAUCUUCUGCUGGCGGGGGUGGUGGCGGCGGUGCUCUGCAACGUGUCAAUUCAAAUUCUUCUCUAUUUUCCGGCUCAGUUAAAUCACGCAAUGCCGCUGCUGCAGCUGCUGCAGCGGGGGCUUCAGGAAGCGGAGCUGCCGGCCAUGGUUCGAAUAAAAAGUUUAAAGACGAUACGCCCAUUAAAAUGGCCAAUAACACAGCAUUCCCUCGACAUGAUGACCCCACACAGAUGGUGGAAGCUCCUAUUUUCCGGCCCUCCGAAAAAGAAUUUGCAGAUCCUAUUGAGUUUAUAGAGCGCAUCACACCAAUUGCAGCCAGAUUUGGCAUCUGCAAAAUUAUACCACCAGCUUCCUUUAAACCCGAGUGUCGCAUAUCAGAUGAAAUGCGUUUCACGGCCUACAAUCAAUAUGUGCACAAAUUGUUGCACCGCUGGGGUCCCAGUGCAAAAGAGUUAAGUGCAAUUAAAAAGUACUUGGCCACUCAAAGUAUCGUGAUGAAUCAUCCACCCUGGAUAGGUGGUAUGGAAGUAGAUUUGCCACGCCUAUAUCACACUGUCCAAGAGCUGGGCGGUCUGAAGGAGGUAAUUGAAAAGAAGAAAUGGGCUCGGGUUGCUGAAGAGAUGUGUAUUCCUAAACUGGCGCAGGAUCGCGUGACCAAAUUAGAUGAUAUUUAUUGUAAAUACUUGCUUCCAUAUGACACACUCUCGCCAGCCGAACGUCAAAAACUUUUCGAUGAAGUUGAAGCCGAUUGGGCUAAAAGAGAAGCAAGAGCCCGACGCAAUGCUGAUCGGUUUGUUAACACUGAAAGCGUUUCCAAUGAAGAAGACGACGUCUCAUCGGAGAACGAUGAAGAAGAGUCUGAAGAAGAAGUCGAUGGUGUAUCUAUGGAAUGUAUUGUUAAGGGACGCAGUAUGCCACUGAGUCAAUUCUAUCGUAUCGCAAGAAACACAAUGGCUCUGUGGUUUAAAAAUACCGAGCCCACUGUGAACGAAGUUGAAGCUGAGUUUUGGCGGCAUGUGGCCGUUCGUGAUAGUCACGUAUGUGUACAUUCCGGGUCGAUUGAUUCCUCUGGUUGGGGGUUCGGCUUUCCAAGUCCGGGACCGAAAGGAAAGGGAUCCAAUUACGCCAAACACCCUUGGAAUCUAAAAGUGCUUACAAACAACACUGGGUCAGUGUUGCGUUCAUUGGGACCUGUCAUGGGUGUAACUGUACCAACGCUGCAUGUCGGAAUGCUAUUCUCGGCCUGUUGUUGGUACCGCGACCCUCACGGUUUGUCGUGGAUAGAAUAUUUACAUACCGGUGCCUCUAAACUGUGGUACGGUAUACCAGAUGAUCAAAGUGCCAAUUUUAGGGCUGCUCUGACCUCACUCAUUCCUACACACUGUCAAAAUAAAACCAUUUGGUUACCCUGUGAUACUGUUAUGGUACCUCCACAUAUGCUCACCGACCGAGGAGUGUCCCUCUGCCGCAUUGAACAGAAACCUGGAGAGUUUAUCGUAGUAUUUCCCCGAGCCUACACAUCAAGUUUAGCCACCGGUUAUGUGGUAUCGGAAAGUGUUUAUUUCGCAACAUCGUCCUGGUUAGAUUUAGCUAAAGAUGAUUUUAGAGACAUCCACGACAGCUGCGAACCUGCUAUGUUCUCAUUGGAACAAUUAUUGUUUGCCUUAGGUUAUGAUCAACGUGUUACGCCUGAUACCUUACAACAGAUGCUACCAAUGUUACAAGAGGUCUUUGAAAAAGAAACUGCUGCCAGAGAGCAACUUAAGGCUGCUGGUGUAACUUCCACUGAAAAAGUUACGAAUGAAAAAAGUGGUAAAGGAAAAAAACAACAACAGCCUCCACAUAAAUCCAUUGAAAGUGAAUGUGAUCUUUGCCGUGCAAAUCUUUACAUUUCAAUGGUGCGCACAGAUGAAGGUAACAUAUACUGUCUUCAGCAUGCUUUGAAAAAUCUCAAUAAUGGCAACAUACAGGCCAAACAAUGUAAGCUUAUUUAUGCCUACAAUAUCGACGAUGUUGAGAACCUCAUUAAGAAUCUAAAAGAUAAAAUUCAACAAAAACGUGCAGUAACUGGUAAGAAACAAAAAUAGUUGUACAAUUCUAAACUUUCUGCUAAAAAGAGAAAGAAAAAGAAAUAUUUAUAAAAUGCAUUUUAUUUAUCCUCUGUAAAUAAAAUGCAAAUAAGUUAAACUUUACAAUAAAGUUAAAAUGUGAACAAAUGAACACAUUUCUAUACACACAGUCGAUCCAAACGAAACUCAUUCGUUCAUACAUACAUGUAUAAGUAUAUUGAAUUUUAAUUUGAAUUGAAUAAAAUUAAGGUACAUAUUUAUUUUCUGGCAUUUCUAGAAACAAUCUGAAUUAAAAUAAAUAAGUUAUAUUUUCUAUUUCACAAAAGUAAAACCGAUACGUUUUAUAUCCUUAGAGCUAUGUAUGUUUUUCAAUAUUUAUUUACAGCAAAGUUUACAGAGUGAAAAUAUUAAGCUCUAAUUAAACCAUUUCUUUUAAAAAUGCCUUUAAUAGAAGAGAAAUAUAUUUGUUUACUUUAACAUCGAUCUUAAGAAGAUAUGUUAUAGUUUUUCGCAAUUCAAUUUGUGUUUUCCUUUUUUUUAUAUUUGUGAGUUAGAAAGCAUUGAACGAUUUUUGUUUUGUAUUCGAAUUUCGCUUGGAUUAACUGUACAAAAAACCUCUACAUCCCCUUGUUCUUGUAAAUAAUGUAUUGCAAUCUAUGAAUACAUAAAAAAAAUAUAUAUAUAUUUAAUAAAUAAAUAUUCCAGAAAUGAAAACAUUGCAAUUUUAAUAUACAUGAUACAUAAUGGCAAAUUUUCAAAUUCCUUCUUUUUUUAUAUCACAGUGAAAAAUACAUUUUAUUUCUUUUGCUAAAUAAACACUUAAUAAUAUGUAUUAGCUAUAACAAAUAAACAAUAUAUGGUAGAUAAGCUUCUCAUUUUUUAAAUAACAUAUUAACUGUUCGACAUCAAAGAUAAUUCAAUUUAUAUUUCAUGUUUGAGAAUUUUGCAUUGAAUGAAAAUAAACAAAAACAAAAGAAAAUGAAAUGAAACCCAAGCCUAUAUUGAUUUGUUUUUGAUUAUAAACUAGCAUUAGAUUUGUAUUAAUCCUUAAAUAAAAAAAUAAAAAAUAAAAAUGUAAAACAAAUUAAAAUACAAAGCAAAAACAAAAACUAGUUUUAUAAGUAUGUAUGGCAGACCAUAAUUUUAUAAUGACCUCAAUUUCUUUUAUUUGUUUAAUGAAAUGAUAUAAUAAUUAUAUAUAUAUUUUUUUUUUUUUAAUGUGAAUUCCUUAUACAAGUAUACAUAUAUUUUUUUCGUUUAUUCCCCUUUAAUAUAUACACAAGAUAAAAAAGUAGUUUUUAAAACUACUAAGAGUAUUUUAUGUUCUUUUAUUAAUAAUUUUGGUUUACCAAUAAUUUUGUCAUUGUUUGAAUGGAUAUUUACUUAUGUUUUACUAUAAUUAUUUUUAUCUUUUUAAAUUCUUAAUUUUUCGACUAAAUAUAUAUUUUUUUUCUUUUUUGUUAACUUUAUUUUCAUAUCUAUAUAUAUAAAUAUAUAUAUUGAUGUAUUAUUAUAGAAUGUAGAUAUUAACAAAUGUGCAACAAUAAAAAUCAAAUAUAAAAAUAAAAAA